CCGGCGGGCUGUCGGCGAUCUAGCUCUUUUCUACCGUUACACCAACGGGCUUUGCUCCUCAGAGCUCUCUACCAUGAUGCCGCCGCGCGAUGUUCCUGCCAGACAGCCAGACAGACCCGCCUGACUUUGGCGUCCCAUCCUAACCGUGUCGAACUUCGUACAUCCAGAACCGGCCGAUACGACCGCUCAUUUGUCCCGAGGGUGUCGAGAUUGUGGAACAGUCUACAAGAAGAAGCUUUUCCCAGUUCUAUUAAAGUUAAGCAGUUCAAAAAUCGUAUUAAUGAAAUUUCUUUGGGAUCAUCAUAGCAGCCGCGGUGUUCCGGCAUUUAGACUUCUGCCUGCGCGGCUGCACACAUAAUUAUUCAUACAUUAUUUAUAAUUUACCUAUAUAUAGUAAGAAGGAAACAUAUUUUUAUUCAAGAUACGGCAAGGUGAAGGUAAUCAACUCGAUUUCUACGAGAAAAAUAAACAUUUAUUCUUAUUAUGAAAUGCAACAGUCAGCGGUGUUAGGUUUUUAUGUAUCUGUAACUCUAAGGUAAGUGAUCCGUUUGUCGACAAUCGUAACAUAAAUUGAAAUAGUCAUAACACGUCUGCAUAAAAAAGCAUGUUCAUGUUCAUUGACUUAAACUGAAAACACUUUAGUCACGCUUUUCCAAUAAUUUAACACACAAUGUAAAGGUAAACAAACGAUCGAAAUAUAUCUGCCCAGUUUAAGUGAUUUUUUGUGAACGUUACAUUAUUACACUUUUUGAGAUUCUUUAUUUUUGUUUUCAUUCUAAAGAAAUGAGAUAAAAUUCCUUUGAAUUUAGUAUUCAAGAACUAAACUAAAAAAUGCUCGAGCCUGUCACCAUCUUGCAUAAACAAAAAAUUAUUCCCUUACCAUAAGAAAGAUAAACUGAAUAUAUUAGAAAACACAAUGAUUUGAUGAACAAAAAACUGAAUCAACAAAAACAAUUCUGUAUAAAUGUCUCUGAGCAAUAUUUCAAUGUCAGAAAAAUACCGCUGAUCCUCUAUCUAUAUAAGGUGCUAUUGCAUCAGUUUUGACCUUUGAGAUAUCGAUAAAAAUGUUAGAGAUACUGCUAUUAUUGUUGACCCAUUCCUCACCACUUGUGGAUUAUUUUUAGUAACGGAUCCUGAAGUGGAAGAAAUAUGUUGCCGAGUUGUAAGACCGCUGCAAGAAUAAGUUUGAAGGUAGAUCAGCUGGCCAAGGUUCCGAAGUGCCAGAGAAGGCUUAUCAGCAGUAAAGAGGUUAUAGAGAAAGAGAAGAAGUAUGCUGCUCAUAACUAUCAUCCGUUACCUGUGGCGCUCACUAAGGGAGAAGGAGUAUUCGUGUGGGAUGUUGAAGGGAAACGCUACUACGACUAUCUAAGUGGCUACUCUGCCAACAAUUUUGGCCACUGCCAUCCAAAAAUAGUGAAAGCAAUGCAAGAUCAAUGCGCAAAACUUCACCACGUAUCCAGAGCUUUCUAUUCUGAUGUUUUAGGAGAAUACUCAGAGAUUAUAACCAAGCUUUUUGGAUAUGACAAACUAAUGCCAAUGAACACAGGUGUAGAGGGUGGUGACACAGCAAUAAAACUAGCAAGAAAAUGGGCAUAUAAGAAGAAGAAAAUCCCGAAAAAUGAAGCUAAAACUAUUUUUUGUGAAGAUAAUUUUUGGGGCAGAUCUUUGGCUGCUAUAUCUGCCUCGACAGAUCCUCUAAGUUUUGAGAAUUACGGGCCGUACAUGCCAGGAUUCCAGAUAAUACCGUACAACGACUUGACAGCACUUGAGAAAGCCCUACAAGAUCCCCUGGUCUGUUCUUUCAUGGUAGAACCUAUCCAAGGAGAAGCAGGUAUUAGGGUUCCAGAUCCAGGGUAUCUGAAAGGAGUCAGGGACCUAUGUUCAAAGUAUGAUGUACUUUGGAUAGCUGACGAGAUCCAGACAGGACUGGGAAGAACUGGAAAGAGGUUAGCUGUAGACUAUGAGGGCGUCAAACCAGAUAUUUUGGUUCUAGGCAAGGCCUUAGGCGGAGGAGUGUAUCCAGUUUCUGCGUGUUUGGCAGAUGAUGAAAUCAUGUUACAAGUUGAGCCAGGUACUCAUGGUUCCACAUUUGGCGGCAGUCCACUAGGAGCCAGAGUAGCUAUGGCAGCCUUAGAAGUAUUGGAAACGGAAGGGAUGAUACAGAACUCAUUCAAAAUGGGCGAAAUAUUUAGGAAAGAGUUAACCGAAAAACUAAAGAAACCCAUUAUCAUAGAGGUCAGAGGAAAAGGUCUUCUUAAUGCUGUCGUGAUUAACAGAAAUUGUGCCAACGCCUGGGACAUAUGUCUGCGCAUGAAAGAAAAUGGUGUCAUUGCCAAACAUACGCACGAAGACAUCAUCAGAUUUGCCCCACCACUGUGUAUCAAUGAAGAACAACUCAGAGAGAGCAUUGACAUUAUUGUCAACACGAUCAACAGUAUUCAAGUCAACGCCAAGUGAUUUAUAUAUUCCAUUAUUUGUUUGUUCAUUAUUUUGUUAACCAAUAAAACAUGCUGUUAACAAACGUU